AUGUUAAAACCUAGAAUUCCAAGUUAUACGCAGCUAUCGCUAUGGCCGUUGCUGAGGAGAAGCAGGCUUAUACUUCACCUGCUGACGACACAAAGAGGAAGAGGAAGCGAAAGCGAAACCGGGCAAACAAAGUUUUCGCCGCAGAAGAACCGGAGCAACAAAACCCUAAUCAAAUUGAUGAAGAAGAAGAGGAGGAGAGAGAAAUUGAGGUUGUGAAAGACAAUAAGGAUAAGAGGAAAAAGAAGAAUAAGAAGUUGAAGAACAAUGAAGGUGGAAAUGCUGAGGAAGAGUUGGAUGAGGAAGAUUUGGAGGAAGAGAAGGUGGAAAAAAAGGUGAAGAGCGGGGGUGGGAUUAUGAGUGCAGAGUCUUUUGACUCUUUAGGAUUAUCUGAACCUACUCUCAAGGCCAUUCAGGAGAUGGGAUUUCAGUAUUUGACUAAGAUUCAAGCCAGAGCAAUUCCACCCCUUCUGAUCGGCAAAGAUGUUCUUGGUGCUGCAAGGACAGGUUCUGGGAAAACACUUGCUUUCUUAAUACCAGCUGUGGAGUUGUUAUAUAAUGUCAGUUUCACUCCUCGCAAUGGAACAGGCGUUGUUGUCAUUUGCCCAACAAGGGAACUUGCCAUACAGACUCAUGCUGUUGCAAAGGACCUUCUCAAAUAUCACUCGCAAACUCUUGGCUUGGUCAUUGGGGGUUCUGCUAGAAAAGGAGAAGCAGAACGUAUCACUAAAGGGGUAAAUUUAUUGGUUGCAACUCCUGGUCGACUUCUUGAUCAUCUUCAAAAUACGAAGGGAUUUAUAUAUAAGAACUUGAAGUGCCUCAUGAUUGAUGAAGCGGAUAGGAUAUUGGAGGCUAACUUUGAGGAAGAAAUGAAACAAAUUAUCAAGCUUCUGCCAAAGAGUAGGCAAACUGCUUUAUUUUCAGCAACUCAAACAAAGAAGGUUGAGGAUCUUGCCCGCUUGUCAUUUCAGACUACUCCUAUCUAUAUUGAUGUGGAUGAUGGAAGAACUAAGGUCACAAAUGAAGGGUUGCAGCAAGGUUAUUGUGUAGUGCCUAGUGCCAAGAGAUUUAUUCUUCUCUACUCAUUUCUGAAGAGGAAUUUAUCGAAGAAAGUGAUGGUCUUCUUCUCUUCAUGUAACUCAGUCAAGUUCCAUUCUGAACUUCUCAGAUACAUUCAAGUUGAAUGCCUUGAUAUCCAUGGAAAACAAAAGCAGCAGAAACGGACCUCUACCUUUUUUGAUUUCUGCAAAGCAGAGAAGGGGAUCUUGCUAUGUACUGAUGUUGCUGCUCGUGGACUUGAUAUUCCUGAUGUGGACUGGAUAGUGCAGUAUGAUCCUCCUGAUGAACCCAAGGAGUACAUUCAUAGGGUUGGCCGUACAGCCCGUGGAGAAGGUGCAAAAGGUAAUGCCCUGCUUUUUCUGAUUCCAGAAGAGCUGCAGUUUCUGCGCUAUCUGAAGGCUGCAAAAGUCCCUGUUAAAGAAUAUGAAUUUGAUGAUAAGAAGCUGGCAAAUGUUCAGUCUCAUCUGGAGAAGUUGGUGGCAAACAACUAUUAUUUGAACAAAUCUGCUAAAGAUGCAUAUCGAUCCUACAUAUUGGCCUAUAAUUCACACUCUAUGAAAGACAUAUUUAAUGUGCAUCGCCUUGAUCUACAGGCGGUUGCAGCUUCAUUCUGCUUUUCUUGUCCACCAAAGGUGAAUUUGAACAUAGACAGCAAUGCUUCCAAAUUUAGAAAGAAAGCGCAUAAAGGAAGUAAAAAUAGGUUCAGUGAGAACAACCCUUAUGGAAGGCAGAGUGAUGGAGAAGAUAAACGGCAAUUUGUAAGACAUUAGCAGCACUGUUGUUAGCAAGUAACAGAUUUAAGUUGUAGUUUUUGUUGCUUAUUGUCAUCUUGAGUAACUUUUGGUUAAAUGUGGAUGAUCGUGCCCGUGUCAUGGUGAGAGGCUGCAAUGCGUGUGCUGCGUUUGUUGGAGCAGAUGACAGGUUAAAAUUUCGCCUUGGGAAUUAAAUAGAGUUGGAAAAUCCUUGUUCAUUUUGUGGUCCAAGUACCAUUCAGAAAUUAGGUUGAAUUACCUUGGCAUUUUUAGGAUUUGUGUUUGUAUUUUGAUGUUACAUUAAAAAGCAUCUAAAUUUUAUUUUAUUUUUUCUAUUA